AUGGAAAAAGAACGUUUCACCAGCAAAAAGAACAAAUCGACGCGAACGCGCACAAGCGCGCAAUUGAUAAUCAUCAUCAUCGGGUGUCAUUUGUGUCGAGCGAAGGGUCACAAUCAAAUAUUAUCAAUCAAAGAUAAACAUACAAAAGCGUUGGAUAUAAAACAAGAUCCAAAUAUUAUUAAUAGUGAACUAUUCGUAUCGGAAAUCAAAGAAUUCUAUCCGGCCGCACACAUUAAAGGUCGGUCUUGUGUGUUUGGCUGGCAAGAGGAGAAGAAGAAGAAGAAACUGGCGAACACGCAAGGUGAAAUACGUAUUGGGCCAUCACAUCAAGCCAAAUUACCACUUUUGAAAGCGUCUACAUCGUCUUUAUCAAAUAAUCAUGAUGAUGGGUGUUCAUUACGCGAAGAAUUAUUAUGGAAAAACUCCACUAAUGAUCUCGAUCUUUCCGUGUAUUUACAAGCAGCACGAUCGAUUGCGGCAUUCGCCGGUAUGUGUGAUCGCGGUUUAGCAGAAGAUAUGUAUGAAGUAGCUCAACGAGAUGAUACAACAAUCAACGCUCUAGCAAUCUUACAUAACCACGAUUAUGAUUGUAAACGUGCUAUACAAGCACUUGUUAAAUGUCCAAUACCGAAGGGAAUUGAUCGAAAGUGGAGUGACGACGAUCAAAAGAAGUUUAUUAAAGGAUUGAGACAAUACGGGAAGAACUUCUUUCGUAUUCGAAAAGAACUUUUAUCGCAUAAACAAACAUCUGACCUUGUCGAAUUUUAUUAUCUAUGGAAGAAGACGCCACAAGCACAAUCAAGUCGCCCGCGUCGCCGACAACGUCCGUGUUCAACACUAGUGAGUGCUUCGACAACACCAACGCCAACGAAACAACGAAGUACGAAAGCAAAUAACAAGGAUGAAUCCGAUGAAGACAAUCAAACGACUAUCGAUAGCGAUGAACAACUCUGUCGUCAUUGUCAAUCAUCAUCAAAAGAUCUACAAGCGAUCGGACGUGAUAAUCAAUUAUUUUGUUAUGAUUGUCGAAUGUAUUAUAAGAAAAACGGCGAAAUGCCAAGUGUAAAUAUCGAAAGUUCACCGUAUUUAUUCAAACCGUUGAAUGAAACAAGUUCAAGUACGGGAAAACGAAAACGAACAAAAGCACCGCAAUCACCCGAUGAAAACAAUUCAUCGUUAACACGUUCGAGAAAGAAAACGCGAAGUAAUGACAAACUUCCAUCGAUUAAACAAGAAGCCGAAGAAGCUGAAGAACUUGUUAUCAAAAAAGAAGAACAGGAAAACGAAAAAGUAUCAUCAUCAUCUUCAUCAUCAUCAUCCACGACAUUUACGAAUUCUUCGUUACAUGUUAAAACUGAAGAUUUAAAUUCGACUAUUCAUACACCAACGCCUUGCAAACAAGAAUUACAUUCACCAUCGACGAUACUUCCAGAUAAUUCAACAAAAAUUCUUCUGGAUCACGCCAAACAGAGCAAUACGAAUUUAUUAUUAUCUUCACCGUCAUCUGCAUUUUCACGGACUUUGAAAAAAUCUUUAUUAUCAUCCAAAGAUUUCGAUGAAUUUGAUUCAGUAGCGAAAACGAAUCCAACGGUAACUGGUGAUAUUAUACCUAGAGAUUCAUUAAAAGAUAACGAUCUGUCAAAUGAUGAAGGUAAUCUAUCAGAUAAUUCCACAAAUAAUACCCCCGAAGUCACUCCUGAUGAUGGACGAGCACCACUUAGCUGUGAAAAAGAAUGUUACAAUAAAUCUCAAGGAAUUAUUCUCGUGAAAGUCUAUGAUCGAUCAACUUCAGAAAAUUCAUGUGCACGAACAGAUAUUGUACUCAAACGUGGUAGUCGUACUCGACGAAAACCAAGUAACUUGCCGCCAACACCGGAGACAUCAUCAUCAUCUACUCAACCAGUAAAUAAUUUCAAGCAAGAAGAUCGAAAUCUAUCGAAACUAUCAUUCUCCUUGGAUAAGGUGCCACCAAUGCUUCAUCCAUCUGGUCCACCAUUAACAUCAUUUGCACAUCCGGAUCCAUUGCUAUUAAACCAAAAUAGUCCACUCUUUCAUCCAUUACCAAUGCAUGCGCUUGCUGGUGUAGCAAAACCACCUUUAGGUUUUCCAUCACCGUUUGGUCCGUUGCCACCCGACAAUGCAGCAUUGCGUCAUUUGGAUCCGUUAGGUUUCCGUCUGAUGAAUUCAGCAAAUUCAACUGCUUCCCAACUAUUUCCUUCACAGUCACCGUUUGCAUCCGGUCUUGCUCGACCAACUCCUGGUGGUUUCGAUCCAGCAACAGCUGCUCUCCUACUCGAUCCACGUUAUCGUAGUAUGAUGCCAACCUUUGGUAAUUCGUCACCAUCAUCAGCCGGACCGUUACCAUCAUCUCCAUCGAACCAUUCAUCACCGCUGUCUGCUCAUAACAACGGCACACAUAAUCAUGCUCAUAUUCAUUCACAUUCGCAUACACAUCUACAUUUAAAUAAUACAAAUGAUUCGACAUCAUCAUCAUCAUCGUCGUCAUCAGCCGCCGCCGCCGCAACAAAUGGCAUGUCAUUACCACCUCCACCCUUAUUACCCUUUACAAAUCCUCUUUCAGGCAUUCCUCAUGGAAAUCCUUUACUACAUCCCGGUGGCCCAUUACCGCCAGUGGGUCUUGAAGCAAUGCAUAAUUUUGCUCGUGAACGUGAAUUAAUGUCCUUAAUGUUAGCUAAUAACAGUCGAUUCGAUCCGAUGAGUCUAGCGCUCGCUAAUCCAUUUCAAAUGGCACGUCUUGAUGAUCUUUCACGAUUGAACACGAGAGAACGAUCUAUACGUGAGCACAAUGAAAACGAAUUUCGUCGAUUGAGUUUGGAAAUGGAAAGACAACAUUUUCGUUUUCCAUUCCCACCCACACCUGAGGAACUACUUCGACGUUAUUAA